CAACAUAUUUGACUAUAUCCUAGAAACGUGAAAUGACAUAGAUAUUUAAUUUCCUCUGAACCUUCACCACCAUCCAAAAUGAACUCCUCGUAGCCAGAAAAUUUGCUUGUAAAAAUCUGGUGUACUGGUCCCAUUGAGCCUGAGGCCGGCCUUUCUCUCUUGACCAUUUAAAAGCAACAAGUUACGUUCAGAACACAGUGACUACGUCCGAUACGUAGAUGAAGUAGAUUUUUUAUUUCCCACAAUUUGUUUGUGGUGAUUUUAAUAUUAUACUUAAGCAUUCUGAAUACAGUGCAAGGGUACUUUAGGAAAAAUAAGAACGGAUGAAGGAGCUGUGGCUCAAAUCAUGAGAUGAGUUCUCGGACACAAUCUUAUCACAUAUUUCUGCGUACACCAUAUUCACCACACAUUUCUUUAACUCACUCUCAACCAUAAUUUGUAUGCUAAUAUGUAUUUUAAGAAUAAUGCUAAAUAUAUUAACUGAAACACCAAUUUCAGCUGUACAAAUAAUCCAGAGGAAGUUGAUCUUUCGAUUUUACUUGCAGCCAAUAGCCAUGGCCACUCACGCAGCUCUAGCUCCUUCAAGAAUUCCUGCCAGCACCAGGCUUCCAUCUAAGAGCACUCACUCUUUCCCCACUCAAUGCUCCUCCAAGAGACUGGAAGUUGCUGAAUUCUCUGGGCUUCGAUCCAGCUCAUUCGUGACCUUUGCCAAGAAUGUUAGAGAAGCAUCCUUUUUCGAUGUGGUGGCUACCCAACUUGCUCCUAAGACUGUAGGAUCAACUCCUCUUAGGGGGGAAAUAGUUGCCAAACUGAAGGUUGCAAUCAAUGGAUUCGGACGCAUAGGGAGGAACUUCCUCCGAUGCUGGCAUGGCAGGGAGAACUCACCGCUAGACGUAGUUGUUGUUAAUGACAGUGGUGGUGUAAAGAAUGCUUCACACUUGCUGAAAUAUGAUUCAAUGCUGGGAACUUUCAAAGCUGAGGUGAAAAUAGUUGAUAAUGAAACUAUCAGUGUGGACGGUAGGCCCAUCAAGGUAGUCUCUAACAGGGACCCUCUCAAGCUUCCUUGGGCGGAACUUGGCAUUGACAUUGUUAUCGAGGGAACAGGAGUCUUUGUAGAUGGCCCUGGAGCUGGAAAGCACAUACAAGCUGGUGCGAAAAAAGUUAUCAUAACCGCUCCGGCUAAAGGUGCAGACAUUCCAACUUAUGUUGUUGGGGUCAAUGAAGGGGAUUAUGACCACGAGGUCUCAAACAUCAUAAGCAAUGCCUCAUGCACCACAAAUUGCUUGGCUCCUUUCGUGAAAGUAAUGGAUGAAGAAUUUGGCAUUGUCAAGGGUACAAUGACAACCACCCAUUCUUACACCGGUGACCAGAGGCUCUUGGAUGCUUCACACCGUGACUUGAGAAGAGCCAGGGCCGCAGCAUUGAACAUUGUACCAACAAGCACGGGUGCUGCCAAGGCUGUCUCUCUUGUGCUUCCUCAGCUAAAGGGCAAGCUCAAUGGCAUUGCACUUCGUGUGCCAACACCUAAUGUAUCAGUUGUUGACCUUGUUGUGAAUGUUGAGAAGAAGGGUAUUAGCGCUGAGGAUGUGAACGCUGCCUUCAGAAAGGCAGUUGAGGGGCCAUUGAAGGGCGUAUUGGACGUGUGUGAUGUUCCUCUUGUCUCAGUGGACUUUAGGUGCUCUGAUGUUUCUUCCACCAUUGACUCAUCAUUGACCAUGGUCAUGGGAGAUGACAUGGUCAAGGUGGUGGCCUGGUAUGACAAUGAAUGGGGAUACAGCCAAAGGGUUGUUGAUUUGGCAAACUUGGUGGCAAGUAAGUGGCCUGGCAUGCCUGCAGCGGGAAGUGGUGACCCCUUGGAGGAUUUCUGUAAGACAAACCCAGCUGACGAGGAAUGCAAAGUUUACGAGGCUUAAAUUGUCACAAUUUUUCAUUUUUCAUUUCUUAAUUUGUUUAAUUUCCAGCUGGUGGUAUAGUGGCCAAGGUUUUUAAAUGUUCAUGUUAACUAGCUAAAACAGAAAAACUCAUUUGUAAUUACAGCUGAGUGACAUGAACAGAACAGAAUGAUGAGAUAACAUUUCAACGCAGCUGUCAAAAGCUGCAAUGAUCUUUGGAUUUAA